GGCGGCCGCGCGCAGUACACUGAGGGCCGGGAUGGCGGCGGCGGCGCCGGCAGCUGGAAGCGGGACUCCUCGGGAGGAGGAAGGACCUGGUGGGGAGGCAGCGGCCCCGCAGCCCCAAGCCCCGACGAGUGCACCCGGGGCUCGUCUCUCGAGGCUGCCUCUGGCGCGAGUGAAGGCCUUGGUGAAGGCGGACCCCGACGUGACGCUAGCGGGACAGGAAGCCAUCUUCAUUCUGGCGCGAGCGGCGGAACUGUUUGUGGAGACCAUUGCAAAAGAUGCCUACUGCUGUGCUCAACAAGGAAAGAGGAAAACGCUCCAGAGGAGAGAUUUGGAUAAUGCAAUAGAAGCAGUGGAUGAAUUUGCUUUUCUGGAAGGUACUUUGGAUUGAUUGCUGAGCCGGGCAGUUUUGUGAGCAUUCAUCUGCAUCCUUCAGCUCGUCCCUCUCUACAGGCCUCAGCUUUGAAGAACAGAGUCUUUGCACUUACACUCUUCCUGUUCUACCUUCACCUACGCCGGGAUAAGCAGAGAUCUCAUCUGCUAGCUUUUCUCUACAAGGUCUUCCACUACUUAUGUCUGUCUUCCAUGUCAAGCCUGGAUGCAGCUGCUGCUGUUUGGAGCAGAAAUGAAGAAAGUGUUCUGCAUAAGUGGCUUACGGAAUAAGGAGGACCAGAAUAAAGGUCUUUGGUCAACUUCA